UAUGUCGAGGAGAUCGGACUCUUUCUUGUUCCUCUUCUACCUUUUUUCUUUAUAGUGUUAUCCUUUGAUUACCUAUCCAAUUCAGAAAAUUGCUAGCUCAGAAUCCAAGAAGGAACAGAACAGGGAGCACAUGGAUGAAAUUGGAUGUAGAAUUCACGUUCUGGCCAUCCCUUACCCUCUACAAGGCCACCUCAAUCCGAUGCUGCAAUUAUGCAAGCGUUUAACCUCAAAGGGUGUUAGAAUCACGCUAGUCACUAUCACCUCAGCACGUAUAUCAGUGCAAAAUCAGUUUGAAUCGAUCCAGAUCGAGUAUAUUCUAGACGAUGAAAACAUUGAAGCUGAGGGAUCAAACGAUUCGGAGAAAGGUGCUGCCCACUUCAAACGGAUUCAAAUCGCAGUUUCAGAUAAUUUGGCCAAGUUAGUUGAAGAAAAGGCGAGUUCUGGUCAUCCUGUGAAUAUAGUUCUGUAUGAUUCAAUGAUGCCUUGGAUUUUGGAGAUAGUGCAGGGACAACUAGGCCUCAAAGGGGCUGCGUUUUUCACUCAGGCUUGCGCUGUUUCUGCAAUAUACAACCAUAUUCAUCGAGGAACGUUGAAAGUUCCUCUAGAGACAUCUACCAUAUUGCUUCCUUCAAUGCCACAACUGGAGUCGAACGAUCUGCCUUCUUUUGUUUAUAAUCCUGGUCCAUACCCAGGUGUUUUGGAUCUUGUCCUCGGUCAGAAUAUAAACCUGGAGAAAUCAGAUUGGCUCUUGUUCAACUCUUUUGACAAGCUAGAAAACGAGGUGGUGACCUGGUUGACAGAACGGUAUCCAAUCAAGACCAUAGGCCCUUCUACUCCAUCCAUGUACACUGACAAGCGAUUGAAAGAUGACAAAGAUUACACCGUCAAUUUCUUCACACCAGAUUCAGGAGCUUGCCUAAAAUGGCUUGACACCAAGGAAACAGGCUCAGUUGUUUAUGUAUCCUUCGGUAGUAUGUCGGACCUUGGAGAAAAUCAAAUGCAGGAAAUAGCAUGCGGCCUGAUGAAUUGCACUUGCAACUUUUUAUGGGUAGUUCGACCUUCUGAAGAGAGCAAAAUUCCUAGAGAUUUCAUGUUCGAGUCACAAGAAAGAGGUCUAAUCGUGAAUUGGUGCCCUCAGCCAAAGGUUUUGUCGCACAGGGCAGUGGGAUGCUUCAUGACUCACUGUGGUUGGAAUUCAACAAUUGAAGCAUUGAGCUUGGGUGUGCCAAUGGUGACCAUGCCCGUGUGGGCUGAUCAAACUACAAAUUCUAAGUACAUUGUGGAUGUCUGGAAGGUAGGAUUGCGAGUUAAGGGUAGUGAGGAGAGGGAAAUGGUAACAAGAGAAGAAGUAGAAAGGACUAUAAGAGAAGUUAUGCAUGGGGAGAAGACAAGUGAGCUCAGAAGCAAUGCUUUGAGGUGGAAGGAGUUGGCUAAGGAGGCAAAUAGUGAAGGAGGAAGCUCAGACAAAAACAUUGAAGAAUUUGUUUCAAGUGUUGAAAGCACUCACUCACUCAGUUGAAUUAAGUGUAAUCAAUAUUCAAUUUUCUUCAAACAAGUUUGAGAUUUUAUACCUUUUUUUUUUUGUCUU